AUCACAAUUAAGCUUAUUUUUCCUUCCCCUUUCUCAUCCAAUUCAGAGCACCGGCACUAAGCCCUAACAGGAUUCCGGCGACCGAGAAUCCCAACGGAAUCAAUGGAUCUUCUCAAGCAAGAGCUUCUAAAGAAACGUCAAGCCCUAGCCACCGAAACCGGCGGCAAGCGCGUUUUCAAGCGAUCCGAAAUCGAACAGAGGCAAAUCCAACAGCUACGCGAGAAAGAGAAGCGCGAAUUGGAAGCUAAAGCUCUCCGCCAAUCCACCACAUCCGCUACCGCCGCGGAGGCCGUCUCCACAUCUUCUAAAUCCAAUCCAUUAGCUUCAGCCUCUACCACUUCCUCCUCCGUCGCAACCAACUCUACCACCACCACUUCAAAGUCCCUAACCGACGAGCAGAAUAUCGACAACCUCGUCCUUCCCAGACAGGAAGUGAUUCGAAGACUCCGGUUUCUGAAACAACCCAUUACGCUUUUCGGGGAAGAUGAUGAUGCUCGGCUUGACCGUUUGAAGUUCGUGCUGAAAGCGGGGCUUUUCGAGGUGGAUAGUGAUUUGACGGAGGGGCAAACGAAUGACUUUCUUCGGGAUAUUGCAGAGUUGAGGAAGCGGCAGAAGACGGGGAUUUUGAGCGAGAGGAAGAGGCAGAAGAAGGAGGAUGGUGCUGGGGAAGAGGGAGAUGGAGGUGGGGCUGAUGAAGAAAGUGCCGAUGGAGGGUCGAGUGGGGUUGAAACUGACAAAGAUUUAAAGAGAAUGAAAGCUAAUUUUGAUGAGUUAUGUGAGGAAGAUAAGAUAUUGGUGUUUUUUAAGAGGUUGUUAAACGAGUGGAAGCAGGAAUUGGAUGAAAUGCCUGAAGCAGAGAAGCGGACGGCCAAAGGGAAGUCUAUGGUAGCAACAUUUAAGCAAUGUGCUCGUUAUUUACAUCCUCUCUUCAAGUUUUGCAGGAAGAAGGUUCUUCCCGAUGAUAUUCGGCAAGCAUUGUUGGUAGUUGUUGAAUGCUGCAUGAAGCGAGACUAUCUAGCUGCCAUGGAUCAAUACAUUAAGAUGGCCAUAGGAAAUGCCCCAUGGCCUAUUGGUGUCACUAUGGUUGGUAUUCACGAACGUUCAGCUCGUGAGAAGAUUUACACCAACAGUGUGGCUCAUAUCAUGAAUGAUGAAACAACAAGGAAAUACUUGCAAUCAAUCAAGAGAUUGAUGACGUUCUGUCAACGGCGCUAUCCAACGAUGCCAUCCAAGGCAGUAGAAUUUAACAGCUUGGCGAACGGUAGCGACCUGCAAUCUCUGCUAGCAGAAGAGAGAGUUUCUGGAGGAGGCAAGCUGGGUUCUGAUGAGAGGCUACGAAUCAUGCCUGCCCCAGAAGAUAGCUAGGAAGUUAGAGUAUCCUCGCUUCUCUUCUUUACUGUCUUCAUAUAUGUAAUCCAUAAUGUUCUUCAGCAUAGUUUGGUAAUCAUUGAGUUGAUUCCGGAUUACUGUUUGAGAUUGAAGUCUGUUGACGUCAAACACUUUCUAGCGAUGUUUUGUCUACAGCUUUGCAAACGGUAGUAAUGAUGCAGUCCAUGCUAUCUGAGGAGAUUUUGGGGGGAAUCAAUCAGGGUGUAUGGACGAAGUGCUUUGAAUCAUGCCCGUCCCUGAAGACCUGGUAAGAAGAUCCUCUCGUCGCUGCCAUUUGUUGUGUCUGUAUGAUAAGUAAUUUGAAUCUAGGUUGGUAGUCAGUAAGUCAAUGUCCAAGUACUGAUCGAGAUUUUUCUUUUCCUUCCAACUUCGACAAUAUGUGGAGUGAGAGAUCUUUACUUAACUUCUUGGUUGAGCUUAUAUAACUGAUACAAAUAUACUCCCUCCUUUUUGUGUAAGGAUUGAGAUUGAAGUAUUUACCUAAUAUUCUUGUUGCUUUGCUAAGAUAGGUGAGUGAGUGCAAUCUCAAGCUUAUGAGUAGGGUGACAAGUGUAAUUAGGAAUAAAUAAAAGCCAAUAUCACUGUAGUGGAUUCUCAAUUGAAAGGUUUUUUCUUU